AUAAUGGGUGACGUGUCAUCAGGAUCAAAUAAUGGCAGCCAUGUCCAUGCCGUAGCAGUGACCAUCAAGGAAGACGACGACGAUCGUGAAAUGGCUUCUGCUGCUUCCGAAACAUUUCUUACAGUUCCAUUUAUCCAAAAGAUAAUAGCGGAGACGGUGGGGACGUACUUCCUGAUAUUCGCCGGAUGUGCGUCGGCGGUGGUGGACGCCGACAGGGGGAAGGUGGUGACGCUGCCGGGAAUGGCGAUGGUCUGGGGGCUGACGGUCAUGGUGGUGGUUUACUCCAUCGGACACAUCUCCGGCGCCCACAUCAACCCCGCCGUCACCAUCGCCUUCGCCACCUGCAAGCGCUUCCCCUGGAAGCACGCGCCGCCGUACGUGGCGGCGCAGCUCCUCGGCUCCAUCCUCGCCAGCGGAACCCUACGCCUGCUCUUCAGCGGGCCCCACGACCACUUUGCCGGAUCUCUCCCCACCGACAGCACCAUCCUCCAAUCCCUCGUCCUCGAAUUCAUCAUCACCUUCUUCCUCAUGUUCGUCAUCUCCGGCGUCGCCACCGACAACAGAGCUAUUGGGGAGCUUGCUGGAUUGGCAAUCGGAGCCACAAUUAUGCUCAACAUAUUGUUUGCAGGACCAGUUUCGGGGGCGUCGAUGAAUCCGGCGAGGACUUUAGGGCCAGCAAUUGUGUGGAGCAGAUACACAGAUGUAUGGAUCUACCUGGUCGGUCCGACAGCCGGCGCCGUCGCCGGAGCUUGGGUGUACAAUCUCAUCAGAUUUACAGACAAGCCUCUGCGAGAGAUCACGAAAAGUGCUUCUUUUCUCAAGAGUUCUACCAAGAACACCUCCAACUGACAACUGAGGAGGAUCUACUGUAUCUAUAUAUAUGUGUUAGUACGGCUUUCUUUAAUGCUGGUAAAAUGUUUUGGGCCUUGGGAUUUUUGGGCCCAAUGGCUACAAAUUUCGGCCCAAUUAUGAAAUUAAUAAAUAAGUACUUCAUUGCCCUACAAAUGGAUCUUUAAAAACUAGAAGCAUGUGAUGAUAUUCACGUUUCUAAUUUUAACAUAGAGACAUUUUGCUUUUUGGGCGUUAUAUAUGGAAAUUUUGUAUCAAUACUAUA